GUCCAGCCUGAACCCCUCUCAAGCUUACAUGCGUGUAUACGGUGGGGUGACGCGAUGACGAGUCUGACAAGAAUUGCUCCCAUCCAUAUUUGCUACUAAUUAAACCCUCGCUUCCUUCCUUUCUCUGCAGCUGCAGCAACCGGCGACACAGAGAGGGCGCGGCCGAUCUCCGUCUGCUCUUCUCUCGGGAAACCAAUUGUUGGGAAUGGCAAAGUCAAAUACGAGCGAUGCCAAAGUUCUCAUUCGCUCUCUGCGUUCAGCUUAUGCUGCCACACCAAUUAGUCUCAAAAUUAUCGAUCUUUAUGUGGUUUACGCAAUUACUACAGCAGUAAUUCAGGUUGUGUACAUGGGAAUAGUUGGAUCGUUUCCCUUCAACUCUUUCCUUUCUGGUGUUCUUUCCUGUGUAGGGACAGCAGUACUUGCAGUUUGUCUUCGCAUUCAAGUCAACAAAGAGAACAAGGAGUUUAAGGAUCUACCACCCGAACGGGCUUUUGCUGAUUUUGUUCUCUGCAAUUUGGUGCUCCACCUGGUGAUCAUGAACUUUCUUGGAUAGACGGAAACCAACAUGAAAACUUUACCAUUCCUUCCAAGUUGGUAUUCGGUGGACAAAUUCUGUGACAGCACAAGUUUUUGCUUCCUAUGAUAAUUAAUAUAUGUUGCUACUCGAGAAACAUUAUCAAAAUUUUCUUUGCCUUUG